CGUCAGAGAGCAAUAAACUUGUGAACGUUAUCAGACAAUGUGAGACGUUGUUCUGUCAGCUUUAACAGUCUAAACAUGGUGCAGCUGUUGUGUUUGCUGCUGCUGCUGUCGUUCAGCGCGGCUCCGGUAUCGGCGGCUCCGACUGGAGGCAGCUACCUGCCGGGCACAGGCAGGUUCUGGCACAUCACCGACCUCCACCUGGACCCCUCCUACAACCUGGCCCCAGACCCCACCAAGGUUUGUUUCUCCUCUAAAGGUCUCCCUGCCACCCAUGCCGGUAUGUUUGGAGACUUCCUGUGUGACUCUCCCUACAGCCUCAUCCAGUCAGCCUUCACUAACAUGGCGACGCUCACGCAGCCGCAGGACUUCAUCAUAUGGACCGGUGACAGUCCACCUCAUGUCCCUGCAGGCGAGCUGUCUACAGACAUAGUGAUCCAGGUGAUCAGUAAUAUGACUCAGACCAUCAGACAGCACUUCCCAAACCUGACAGUCUAUCCUGCAGUGGGAAACCAUGACUACUGGCCACAGGACCAGAUGCCGACCUCCACUAAUGCCAUCUACAAAGCUGCAGCUCAGCUCUGGAAGCCCUGGUUGCAGCCAGAUGCUCUGCUCACACUCUCACAAGGUGGUUUCUACUCCCAGCUGGUAAAGCCUGGUUUGCGGCUGAUUAGUCUCAACACUAUCCUUUACUACGGUCCAAAUAAAGUCUCAAGUAACAUGACAGACCCUGCUGGACAGUUUGAGUGGCUGGAGAAAACUCUGGAGAAAGCUGCUCAGAGCCGAGAAAAGGUGUACAUCAUAGCCCAUGUACCAGUGGGAUACCUGCCUUUCGCCAGAAACACCACAGCUGUCAGAGAGAGUCACAAUGAGAGACUAGUGGCCAUCUUCAGGGAGUACAGUGACGUCAUUGCAGGACAUUUCUACGGCCACACACACCGAGACAGCAUCAUGGUGCUGCUGAACCGACAAGGUAAACCUGUGAAUUCUCUUUUCGUGUCACCGGCUGUUACACCGAUCAGAAGUUUUGUGGAGCCCUACUCUAACAAUCCAAGUUUCCGCAUGUACUUGUACAACGCAAAGGAUUAUGCUAUGAUGGAUAUCUGGCAGUACUAUUUGAAUCUGACGGAAGCCAACGAGAAACAAAGAUCUGACUGGAAGCUUGAAUAUAUCAUGACUGAGGCUUUUGGACUGACUGACCUGCAGCCACAAAGCCUGCUCCAGCUGGGCCUGAGCUUCAGGCUGCCGCAGACCAAAGCCUUUGACAAGUAUUUCAGCCACUUCAUGGUCAACUACAACAGCAGCAUCGUCUGUGAAAACUACUGUAAGGUCAGCCAGGUGUGUGCUGUGCUCUACCUGGACCAGCUGUCUUAUUCUAAAUGUGUCGCAGAGGCACGAUGGUAGCGUGAAUGUGCGUCUAAUGAAGGAUCGUUGAGGGAUUUGUCUCAGGGAUCAUAAUUUCUAUUUUUAAAUUUAGUUCUUUGUUUUUUUUUUUACAAUGCUGGAAGUAUGAAAACGAAAGUGCUUUUUCUACUCCUAAAUAAUCAAAUAACUCUGUUUUUAUUUGUUAUUCACAAUUUUCAUCUAAAAUAUUCCUCAGUGGAAUCAAAAGUUUUCCAAAUGCAGCCCAGAAUACCUGUUAGAGCCUGACUGUUAAUGGAAUUUGGAGCUUUUUGGGGAGUAAAUAAUUAUGAUAUCGAACAAUAUUAUAUUGAAAAGGAAAAAUGAUAGGGUCAGUGUUUGUUUUUUGUUUUUUUGUUUUUACUUCCCAGCAGUGUCUUUCAUAAAGUAGUUUCUGCGGCUUUCUGUGAAGACACUGCUUGACUUUGCACCACUGUCUGUCCAGCUUUGAUGCCUGCUCUGCUACAUGUGCUGCAGACAAUUGGAUCAUUUAUGUAAUGACACAAUUUCUAAAUUACCCCAAACACUUUUUUUCCUGCAUUAUGCUCUGUUGAAAAAAAUUAAAUGUUUUCAUAUCAGACAACAUAAUGCUAAUAGAAUAUCAAUGCUUUGUUAUAGUUGUUCAUAAAUAUUGAACAAAUAUAAAGAAAUUCAGUUUAAAGAAUUUAAAUGAAAUACAGGUAUACUGUAAAAACAUACUGUAUUACAACCUUUAAAGCAUAACAGUCACGACUGAUUUGUUGGUUUUGUGAAUGAUAUAAUUUGUUACUUGAAUCAGAAAAAGGGAACACAACACAAUACUUGCACAAUACCUGCUGCUUGCACGUCCGUAUUGAAAAAAUGGUAGAAGACCGACAUUUUUCCAUGUUGAUUUUUCCGUUUGUGAUGUUUAGUCUAAGGUAUUACUUGAUUCCACUGAUUUGGAAGCAUGUUCAAAUGCCGUUAAAUCCACAAGUGACAGCUAGUCACAGCAAUACAAUGUUCUUAGACAUACUAAUGAUACUGAGAUGCAGUUGUGUAGUCUUUAUCUGAAAACAUUAAAAAAUAUUUUAAGCUGAAGUUUCAUCAUAGUUAUAUUUGCUUUAAGAUGGAUUCAUCUCAUCAGUGUGCUUCAUAAAAAAAGAUUAAAGUUUUAAAAUCUGCUUUAAUAAAGAGAUGAAGCUCCUCAGUCCAUCAUGUAAGUUUUAUUUACAGACCAAAUAUCAUCAUGCACUAAUUAUUUACACCUAAUCUUUCAACAAUAGAUUGAGCAGAUUAAUCAUGAAUACUGAUCAGUAUGGGACGACUUCUAGCGCGAAGGGAAAUAUGUGAGCAAGGUUUUGGUACAAGAGGAAUUAAAUCAGAUUCUUUAUAUCUCAUUGCAUCUCUAAAAUUAUGCAUUAUUAUUAAAAACAGUGCAAUGCAAAGCUGUAUUGUACUAACCCGAUCCCUUCUUUAUCCAUAAUGUUCGGGAGACAGAAAAAAACACAGUCUUAGAAAUAGAAACAAAGAUUUUGCCAACUUACAUUCACAUUCCUCUUGUAACUAAACCCCAGUGGUUGACGUGAUAGACAGUUUGCUAGUUGGCCAAAAUCACAUUUACUGGUCUGCCCACGAUCUCACAGGAAGAGAAAAGCUUAGAUUGAUUGAUAAAUUAUUUAGCUGACACAUAUUUGUCAUGAGCUAAACGAAAAAUUAAUAGAGGAACAUGGGGGAAGAAAACCUGUCACGUUGUACGUUCUGUUAAUUCUGUUGUUGAAAUUCAUGUUCAGUAAAUACAAGACAUCAUACAUGAAAUGUGGACGGCAAAAUGUACCAUAAAUACAUUAAAGAAUGUGUGAAUGAUAAUAUGACAAGCUGCUGCAUGAAAGUGAAAUAUAAAAAGAACAUGUAUCAACUUGACUGAAAAAGUACUGAUUUUAAUUGUGCUGCUUAUUUUUCUAUUGAAUAAAGAUCUUUACUUAAAAUAACAUGUUUAAA